GCCACUGUGUGAGCAGGGGAGCCCAGAGGCACCUCCUGACCUGCACUUGGCUGUAAGCUGUUGACUCUGUGGGGGGCGGCCAGCAGAAGGGGGUGGGGCCUCCAUGGCAACGGACGGGGCCUUGUGAUGUGGGGAGCAACCACGCCCAAAGGCCAUUGUGACAUGGGGGGCGUCCCUGUGCCUUUAGGGUGCAGAGGCCCCAUGCUGCUCACUCUCAGGAGAGCAGCUCCGUGAGGAGGUAGCAGCUCCCCUGCGUGCCCGUGUUUCCGAGAGAGGAGACAGCGAUGCCCAAGGAACAGGAGAAGAACCGCUCUCAGCCCGACAAAGGGCUGCCGAGCGUGCGGGGACGCCGCCAGGUGCGGGACAUGGUGGGCCGCAGGCCACAGCAAGCGGUGCCGCCAGGCAGCUGCAACCAGGAACCAUCCCUCCGUGAGGUUCGUCUGCCGUCACUCCCCCACCUGGAGAGCGCUCGUGCCCCUGCGGGUCACAGUGCACAGGCGGACAGGAAGAAGCCCAGGCAGGCACCGCCCCGCAUCAGUGACUCCAGGGAUGGCAGACAGCGACCUUUGCUAAGGCAGGCAGUGCUGCAGGCAGCUGCAACCCGGCAUGCAGCUGCUGCACAAGCAGGUGUUCCCAAAUUACCCGCUCUGCAAGCACCAUCCUCCAUGCGUUCUCCAAGAGGCGGUGACCAUGCCUCGAAAGCUACAGCUUGCAGACUGCCUGCGCUUGCUCCAUGUCCUCGAGGCAAUGCUCAGCAGCAGGAUAUGGCAGCGGGGGCCGAGAGCUGGGAGGGAGAUACGCUAGUCCCUCGCCUCCCCCUCCAACCGGCACGUCCAACACCCAAGUCGCUGAGGUUGGCAAACUGGAGGCAGCCAGUAUCCGCAAGGCCAAAACCCAGCCACAAACCAGCAGGUCCGCAGCAAGGCACAACCACCUGCACUCUGGGAACACCAACUGCCCCGGUGCUGGCCCCCGAGGCUGCGAGUGGCCCUGCAGAUGAGAUGGAACCAGAUCCCAGUGCUCCGGAGGGCACAGGAGAUGUCGAUGAGGCUCCUGCUUCACAUUCCCUCGCAGCACAACAGGCAGCAGAUGAUGGUGCCAAAGCUGGCGGCAUUUCUUGGGGCAUGCUGGUGGCCAAGGACACUGAAGAGAGGGUGCGCUCCUGGAUGAGAGAGCACAUGUUGCUGUCCUGCUGUCUUUGUGCUUCCCGCUCCGUUGUUCUGGUGGAUGUAGAGGAAGAGAGGAAGGACAGCCGUAAGAGAGAUGCUGCAGCAGAGGCGGCUGAAGUCCCAGUGAGAACACCAUCUGGCGAGGCAGAGGCCCAGCCUCCAGCUUCGGCUGUGGCUGCGAGCCCUCAGCACGAGGCGGACAGGCUGGAUCUCAGGAAGGGAGUGCCCCACAGCAAUGUCUCCGCGGAAGGGAGACAGCCUCAGUCAACUCGUGGAGCAUCCCUCUUUGUUCCUGCACCCCCCCUCCAGCCUGCACAUGCCACACAGAAGUCACUCGGGUUGGCAUAUCGGGGGCGUCCAGUAGCCGCAAGACCAAAACCCAGCCAGAAACCAGCAGGUCCGCAGCAAGGCCCACCCACCUGCACUCUGGGAACACCGAGAUCUGCCCAGGUGCUGGCCCCCAAUGCUGGGAGUGGCCCCGCAGAUGAGACGCGACCAGGUCCCAGUGCUCAGGAGGGCAGAAGAGACGCAGACGGGGCUCCUAGCUCACGUUCCCUGGCAGCACAACAGGCAGCAGAUGAUGGUGCCAAAGGGGCUGGCACUUCUCCGAGUGUGCCGGGUGCCAGGGACAUCAAAGAGAGGCCACGCUCUUUCAUGAGCGUGCGCUUGCUCCUGUCCUGCAGUCUUUGCAAACAGGCCUACGUUAUUCGAAAGGAUGUCAAGAAGAGCUGGAAGAUACCCCUGAGAGGGAGGGUGCAGCAGAGGAAGCCAAAGCCCCAGUGAGGACACCAUCUGGUGAGGCAGAGGCCUGGCAGCACCUGAUGGGACACACCUUUCUCAGAGGAGGAAAAGCAUUUUUGCAGGCGUUAGCAGAACUGAGCCGCAAAGCUUUAAACUAGACUUGAAGGGGAAAGUGAUAAGACCAGGCUCGUCACUGAUAAUCUGUGGGAUGGCACACCUAAAUUUGAAGGACCGCGUGCUUUCUUACAUUUCAGCACGUUCAUGCAACUCCAUACUUUGGGCAUGAUCCUAUUUUUUCACUGUGAGCAGCAAAAGGAGACUGAGACCUAAAUGCUUCUUUAGAAAAAGACACUCAACCAUUUAAUUAAAGCUACUAUUUCUCCCAA